AUAUUAAUAAAUUUCUUUUGUAUGAAAUUAAUUAUGUAAAUUAUUUACUAAGCUACACAGAUAAAUAAUCGAGUGAGUGAAUUUUUCAAUUUCUGAAUUGCGACAUCUAGGGUGUGAAUUAUUUUUCAGUUGAAAUUUUUAAAAAUUUCCUUUUUUCGAAGGUUGAAAAUGUCAAAAGAACGAUCAGGGAACGAUUCUUCAGACCGAACUUGUAUGGAAGAAAGCCUAAUGAGUUUAGAGAAACUCGAUCGAUCUUCACCGGAUUUAUGGCCAGAACAAAGUGUAGGUGAAUUUAUCCACCAAAACUUGGAAGCAAAUCAAUCAUUUUCAUGGUUGAACAAUCUGAAUCAAGAGGACAUGAAUAACUUACAUCAACUUGGAAAUCUAACUAUGACUGGACUUAUAGCGGAAGUUAAAAAAUUACAUGACACGGCUUAUCAACUCGGACUAGAAGAAGCUAAAGAAAUGACUAGGGGAAAAUAUUUAAAUAUAUUUAAACAUAAGUAAAAAUACAAUUUAUUUAUCUAAUUUGUUUAUAAAAUAAUUUUCAUAACUAAAAAUUAAAAUAGUAAAUUUCUACAUCAAUAAAUUUUUAUAUAAAAU